AUGCCUGCAACAAAAACAUCAACAUUAGCUGCAACAACGUCAACAAUAACCGCAACAACAUCAACAUUAGCCGCAACAACGUCAACAAUAGUUGCAACAACAUCAACAAUAGCUACAACAGCAUCAACAAUAGCUACAUCAGCAACUACGGCUCAUUUUCAUUGGCUCGAUCACACAAUAUUCAUAGCAUUCUUAGCCUUUUCAACGUUGGUUGGAGUUUUCUUCGGCUGGCGGAGUCGUAGAUCGACCUCCUCAGAGAAGUUUCUCACAGGCGGUGGAGAGAUACACUGGAUUUUCAUUUCCUUCUCUAUGCAGGCUUCAUUUUUUUCCGCGAUUUUUUUGCUCUCGACCCCGGGCGAGGUGUACGCUUAUGGGACUUGCUAUAGCUACUUGGGGCUGUCCUACUUUAUCGGGAAGCCACUGGUUGUUCAUUUCUACAUCCCUGUCUUGUAUAAAAUGAAAAUCUUGACCGUUUACGAGUACUUGGAGAGACGAUUCAAUAAAUUCAUCAGAGUUUGUGGUUCUGUUAUCUUUCUCCUCGAAACGCUGUUAUAUAUCCCUCUAGUUCUCUAUACACCAGCUCUUGCACUGGCACAAGUGACCGGUAUCUCGAUACUAUGGUCGAUUAUUUUCUGCGGAUUGGUCUGCACGCUGUACACAUGUCUAGGGGGGAUGAAAGCAACGGCAUUCAAUGACACGGUUCAAAUGAUGAUCAUUUUCUUCGGUUUAAUCACAGUUAUUGGUGUUGGAAUAGCUAGGGUUGGUGGUUUCGGUGAGUUUUUGAAGAGGAAUUUGGAUGGAGGAAGAUUCAUUUUCAACGAUUUCAGAAUAGAUCCAACACUGAGGACAACAUUUUGGACCCAGGUACUGGGCGGCACCUUGUUCACAGCGUACACUAUGUCAGCUAACCAGGUCCUCGUGCAGAAGUUUCUGAGUUCGAAGAACUUAAAAAGCGCCUACAAAUCUCUAUACUUGAGUAUAAUCUGCUGCUUCACGAUUCUCGUCCUCGUUAUAGCAAUGGGUCUGCUCAGCUACGCCUUCUACUACCGAUGUGACCCACUCUCAAGUGCCCGAGUUCGAAAACUAGAUCAGGUCGUUCCGUUAAUGAUGGUUGAAAUUUUAGAGGGCUAUCCAGGGUUAUCCGGGCUGUUCAUGACCGUUGCUUUCAGUGCCGCCCUUAGGUUAAAACGUUUUUUUUAA